UUAAACAAACGCAGCCUAGAUUGACUUCACCUAGUCUUAUUGACUCGUGCAUUGAACGGUGGUUCCUAUGCAUAUAUAGGCAAAUAUUUGAAUACAUUUUCAAGACUUCAACACUACUUGAGAGACAAAUACAUUCACACCAUGACCCUUGUGGUUCUCUUCUAUCUUUCAAGCUUUCUGAUAAUCACUUUCGCAAAUACAUUUAUCCCCCCAACAUUCCUCGAUUAUUCUUGCCCACCCACAAAGAAUUUCACCGUAAACAGCACCUACCACUCCAACCUCAACCUUCUCUUCUCUUCUCUUCCCUCCAACGUUGUUUUCCAUGAAACCACCUCAGGCGAAGACCCCGACAAGGUUUACGGUCUCUUUCUUUGCCGCGGCGAUCUCAACUCCACUGCUUGCCACGACUGUGUAAUUUCUGCCAUCAGAGAUGUAACCAAACACUGCCCUAUUAAAAAAGAAGCUGUAAUAUGGUAUGAUGAGUGCCAUUUACGUUACUCAAACCAACCUUUCUUUUCCCUCGUGGCUGAAGAUUCCAGUAUUUCGAUGCCAAGCCCCGAAAAUGUUACGGAACCAGAAAAGGCUGAUGAUUUGGUAGCGGUAGUGUUGCGUUUGAUGAGCGAAGCGGCGAGGAAAGCUGCUUAUUCUCCGAAUAAAUUUGCGGGUGUAAAGAGGGGGAACUUGAGAAUUAAUCAAACAUUGUAUGGUCUAGUACAGUGCACGCAGGACCUGUCCAGUGGAGAUUGUUCUAGAUGUCUUGAAGAAGUUAAUGCAGAGUUUUCAGAGUGUUGCCGGGGAAAGAAAGGAGGAAGAGUUUUUACUCCGAGUUGUAGUGCUCGGUUUGAGUUCUACUUAUUUUUUAAAGAAAGCUUCUUUUCAACAUUGGAGCCGGCACCGGUACGGGCAUCGGCACGGUUACUGGAACAAGUAAACCAAUCAACUGAUGCAGGACCGGGACCGACUCUGAAUACACCAGGGACAGUCGUAACAUACAAACCGGGACCGACUGCGAAUGCAACACGGACAGUACCAUACGAACAGGCACCGACUCCGAAUGCAACACGGACAGUACCAUACAAACAGGCACCGACUCCACCUACACUUUCACCGUCAAAAGCACCAGCACCAGCACCAGCAACGGAAGAGGAACCGAUACCACCGAAACCGCCUGUUGUUCAAGCUAUGCCACCGAAACCGCCUAUUUUUAAACAUAUGCCAUCACAAAUAGCUCGAAAAAGAAGGCAAGCAAUAUGGAUCGCAAUCGGGACAAUUAUACCAACAAUUCUAGUACUCUUGCUAUCUGGUUUUUUCCUGCUACCUACUUGGAGAAGAUAUAAAGAGGAGAAAGCAAAAAGACGAGCUCUUAAAGUACUUCGUUUAGGAGAUGAGCAUAAUGUUUUACAAGAGAGGCAUCAAGGGGAAUCUAAAGACUUCCCUAUUUUCCCUUUAGGCCAAAUCCUUGAGGCUACAGGAUAUUUCUCUGAUGAAAACAAGCUGGGAGAAGGUGGGUUCGGUCCUGUGUACAAGGGUGUGUUAGCAGAUGGUAAGGAGAUUGCAGUAAAGAGGCUCUCAACAACAUCUGGGCAAGGGCUACAAGAGUUCAAGAACGAAGUUGUCUUAAUUGCCAAAUUACAACAUAACAAUCUUGUGAGACUUUUGGGAUGUUGCUUAGAGGAAAAAGAAUUGCUUCUCAUCUAUGAGUACAUGCCCAACAAGAGCCUUAAUUUCCACCUAUUCGAUUUAACAAAGGGUAUUCAUUUGCACUGGAAGACACGUGUAAGCAUCAUUAAUGGCAUUGCACGGGGUCUUUUGUAUUUGCACGAGGAUUCUCGACUCAAAAUUAUUCAUCGUGAUCUCAAAACUGGUAAUAUUUUGUUAGACCAUGAGAUGAAACCAAAGAUAUCAGACUUCGGAAUGGCAAGGAUAUUUUGUGGAAACCAAAUUGAAGCUAGUACCAACCGAGUUGUUGGAACAUAUGGAUAUAUGGCUCCAGAAUAUGCUAUGAAUGGAAUAUUUUCAGUUAAGUCAGACGUUUUUAGUUUUGGAGUUCUUCUAUUGGAGAUUAUAAGUGGGAGAAAAAAUACCGGAUUUUAUCUUUCAGAAGAUAGCCAAAGCCUUAUUGCUUAUGCAUGGAAGCUAUGGUGUGAAGGAAAAGCAUUAGAGCUAAUGGACCCAACAAUGGUGCAGUCAUGUGUUCCAGUUGAAUUAUUAAAGUUCAUUCAUAUCGGAUUAUUAUGCGUUCAGGAAGAUCCAACAAACAGACCUACCAUGUCAACAGUAGUUGUUAUGUUGGUAAGUGAUGCAGUAAAACUUCCUAAACCAACCCAACCUGCAUUUUCUUUUGCUUGGACUGUUGCAAAAUCAGAUCAGUCCCCAUCAAAUGGUAAAGGAUGCUCUAUUAAUGAGGUAACCCUUUCAAAUUUGGUACCCCGCUAGACAAUUUUAUAUCGAAUAAAAAUAGAUUGACAAACAUUUCUCAUAACUUUCUUUCACAAACGUGAACGUGACAGCUCACAUUUAGAUAGGCAGGAUUUAUUGUUGGACAACGAAAUCUAUUACAAGCUAACUAGUUACGAGCUGACAUGUCGUUUUUGUGAGAGAAAGUUAGUGAAAAUAGUUUGUGAGUGUAGUAUUACUGUUUUAUAUCAUUUCCUUUCGUAAAAUGUACCAGUAACCUUACAAAUAUAACGAAUGUCAUGUUAU